CGCGAUGGUUGCGAACCGUUCCGCCAACCAGCAGCCCGCGAGGCACGGUACGGUGCGGGUCUCUGGCAGGCAAGGCUGUGUGUGGCACGCGGGCCGCCGCCGAUCCCGCCGCCUCACUCCGUGGCGGCGGUCGCGGCCUCUGCAAUCGCAUCCGCACCCGCGCGUUCGGUUUCGCCGCCCCCCACUAGGUAGGUCCGGACCCACCGGUCAAAGUCCUCCAUCGAAAACCGCAAAUGGUCGCCCUCGAAGGUUUCAAAGACGUUCUUCCCGGCCUCCUGGGCCGUCCUCAGGCCAAAGAGGUCCUCGGUGUACCACUCCGUCUCGUUCAUCGGGAGGACGGGCUUUCCAAAGGGGUCGUCCGGAUCGGGGGAGCCCCAGUGCUCUCCCUCGCUCGGCCAGACCAUGCUGUCCUUCGUGGCCCGAACCCAGACGAACCGGGAGGUCCUGGCAAAGUUUUCGUUGAGGGUCGCGUUGUGGAGUUCGGGCCCCUCGUUGUUCCAGCGCGCUAGCUGACUGAAUUUUUGGUAGGCCUCCCGCUCCGAGGCCCGGGGGUCCCGCCAGUAGUUGCUCUGGAAGGAGUGCUUCUGGGCGAAUUCCGUGUAGGCCCUGCGGGAGGCCUGCUCCAGGAGGAGGUCGCAGACGGAACCCAGUGUUGCCGCUGCCGCACCGCCGCUCGGAAAACACCCGGGGACCGUCCCCUCCCCGGCGUUGACCCCGUUGACGCUCAGAAAGGUGUGCACGGUGGGGGUGUUGUACCGGGCCACGUACCCACGGAUCACGUUGUUCCCCUGCGAAAAGCCGACGGCAUGGAAGCCCCCCCGCAGCUCCGGGUCCGCCGCGAUCCUCGCUGCAAAGGCGUCCACCGAGGCGUCCAUGUUCAGAAAGUAGCCGUUGGUCGUGUCCUCGGUCUUUGUGUCGCCGGUGGGCACGCAGGUCACGUAGACGCCCCCCAGCAGGCCCGCCGUGUGCUCGCCGAUCCGGACCAUCCCGUCGUUGAAGCACGAGUCCCCCAUGCCGUGGGCAAAGACCACCGGGAGCUGGGCCGGGUCCCGCUCGUGUUCCGAGAGCGGAGCCCCGGGAUCCCCGAUGGUCUCCCCCACCAGCCUCCCGUGCGCCCGUGCAAAGGAGGCCAGCUCCGAAGCGACCGAUUCCGGGUCCUCUUCGAGGCGGUCCAGCAUGGCGCAGAGCGAGGGGUGCGAGCCGUAGAGGUCCUCCCGGUCCUCUCCUUCGUUAAAGGCGCAGGGGCCACGCCCCGGGGGUGCGUCGGCAGAAACCGCUGCCGCUACCCACGCGACAAACGCUAGACCGAGGACCGCCCGGGAAAUGCCGCGGGGACGGUUCGGGGGACAUCGAGCGACGUUCCGCAUGGUUUUGUUUGCUACGGAUAGGUUUGGUUCGGGUAUCUUUUGCUGCUGGAUGGAUUCGAUUCUAUUCGAUUUGAUUUGAUUCGCAAAGCGAGGAUUCGAUUUGAUUCCCAAAGCGAGGGAUUCUUGCGUUUCCGAGUUGCGGAGUCAAUGGGAUUGGGCUGCUGUACGGUAAGUCAACAACGAAAUACUGUAAUGACAAUCCUUUGGUGCCGGUGUUCUGUUGACACG